GUCUUCGUCCCGUUCGGGUUCAUUCGGAUUACCAAGCGCGCGUUCGCUUAGUUCACUUAGUUCAGUCGAGAAGCGUUUGCGUGUCAGAAGACAUCGUACUUGUUGUAAUCUUUGUUAAUAAUCGCCACCUUGUCGAUAUCAUAGCAUGUGCCCACCAGUUCACAGUCACGUAUACGUUUACCUGCCGCAUCACCAACCCCACAAUAAACUUGUCUCUUACGGUUACCGUUAGGGUUGCUGUAACAUCAUAUCUAGUUGUGUCCUUUCCUCUUAGAAAAAACCGGUAACGCCAUUGUAAGGUCUGCAAGUUUUCCUUUCGUUCUCUCGUUAAAGAAUGUAUAUUCAGCUGUAGCUUAAACGAAGAAUCUCUAUUGGUGUGCAGUGAUAGUAUGAUUUUUUCUUGGAUAUUUUAGUGAAUUCGGAAUCGCGGUUGUAUUAGGUGGGUGAGUUCGCACGUGGUAAAUGGCAGUGUGCACGAGCAUCACAACCUCAAGCCACAUAUUUUCCGUCCAUAGUGGUGCUAUUUGAUUGAACGUAAACGACAAAGAUCAAGAAAAAGAAGAAGAAAUAAUACGAAAAAACAACACGCGCGAAAAAGAAGCAAUCGAGUGAACGGAACAGAAAGAUCGGGGACAAGAUACGAAAUUGCGAGAGCAGCCGAAGUCUGUGUAACGAAGAAGGAAAAACCGAGAAACAAGAUAGACAAAGACAGCAAUAGAAAUCUCAUUUCGACGAGUAACUAGCCACAAGCAAGAUGAGCUGCUGCACGAGUGCUCCGAUUGUAACCCAAACCUGUGAGACUCUUCUGAGCAAGUGUGAAAUCCCGAUCAUCGACCUCGCUCAUAUGGGGACUGAGAGAUGUCCUCAGAAGGGUGUCGUGAAGCAAGUGUCUUCGAAACUGGUAAGAGCGCUAUCCGAGAAAGGAUUAGCUUUGCUCGUCAACCAUGGCAUUCCGGAAUGCAAGAUGAAGGCGGCCUAUAGAGCUUUCGAUGCAUUCUGUGAACUUUCAGAAGAUGUUCGAACUAAAUAUGAACGUAAUCCUAUGGGCAAUUAUGGAUACGUGAAGCCAGGACCGUCAAAAUAUACUGAUGAAAAAGAAGCACGACAUGUUUUCAAUGUGAUUGGAUGCGGAGGAACUCUUCCGGAUGAAGAAGUGCCUGGUUUCAGAUUAGCAGUCAACGAACUUGCUCGAGAUUUUAAACAACUGUCUGCUAUGCUUUUAACUGCUCUGGCCGUGGGCCUAGAGCAAUCCCCUGAUUUCCUGCUCUCGAAGCAUUCGCGCAUGCUGGAAUCUGGAAACGAAUCAACUCUUCGUCUUCUUUACUACCCUCCUCUUGGUGCACCGGCGCCAGGAUUGGCUCGUUGUGGCGCUCAUUGUGAUUAUGGAACUUUCACUUUAUUAGCACAGGAUUGCGAAGGUGGUCUAGAAAUACAGUCUCCGUAUGGAGAACGAUGGGGAAGAGUUGGUCAUCUUCCAGGCGCUAUUUUGGUGAAAACUGGCGAUAUAUUAGCAAAUUGGACAAACAAUCAAUUACAAGCAUUAAGACACAGAGUUGUUGUACCAGAACACUGUGGUCGAGGUCGUCAUUCCAUUGCAUUUUUUGUACAUCCAGAUACUAACACUCCUAUUGAGCCUUUAGAUACAAAAAUUGUAAAAACUAAUCAAGAACCAGCUCCAUGUCGUUUACAGAAAAAAAAACGCGGUGUUAUGACUGCGUACCAUCAUAUUCAACGUCGUCUUCGAGAAACUUAUGCUUCUUAACACUGUUCAUAAUUAUAUAUUCUUAUUUUUAGAUAAGAUAUUUUAGAAAAAUUACUAUUGAAAUUUGUACUGAAAUUUAAAAUUUUGAAAUGUUUAAAAUAAUAUAAUUUUACGUAUUUGAAACAUUAUAAAACAUUAUAAGUUUCCUUUUGAAAGAAAUUAAUUCACGAAUAAUUGACUAUAAAUAAUAUGAUAACUCAUAAUAAAAUUUAUCUAUAUCUAUUUCAAAAAAAGAACAAAAAUUUGAUUCAGAAAAUGAUGAAAUAUGAAAACUAAAAUAUCGCAUCACAAAACAAUAAUAAAGAAAUUUGUACUUACAUUUUGUAAAAAUGCAUUUUAUACAAAUAAUUUAAUUUCUCAUUAAUAAAGUAGAAGACAAUCCAA